CUGCAAUGACGUGCCUAGGGUCACAUUAUUUGUUGUACCUGUUACACCAUCUACAGCUCAUCCGCUUUUAAUGCACUUCUGCUAUCUGCUAUUUCAUAUUUCUGUCGUAAGUCGUUAAUCGCUAUGCUGCCUGUAGUGGUGGCGCAUGGAGGUGCUGGUCAUAUUCCUAAAGAAAGAGCUGAACUCUCUACAAUCGGUGUAAAGGAGGCAACCAGGACUGGGUAUGCCAUCCUCCAGAAGGGUGGAUGUGCCAUGGAUGCUGUGGUUGAAGCAGUGGCCCUGAUGGAGAACAACCCGAGAUUCAAUGCAGGUCGGGGGUCAGUGCUAAAUGUGAAGGGGGAGGUGGAAAUGGAUGCAAUGGUAAUGGACGGCAGGACUCUAGAUAGUGGGGCUGUUUCAGCGGUCAGAAGAAUUGCUAACCCCGUGCAACUGGCCAGGCUUGUCAUGGAGAAGACCAAACACUUGUGUCUGACAGCUGAAGGGGCCUCUAAGUUUGCCAGAAGCAUGGGUGUACCGGAAGUGCCUGAGGAGUCAUUGAUCACAGACUAUGCCAAGAUGCGCUGGAAGAAGAACCUGGAGCCAGAUGCCAACCCUGUGGAAUGCCAAAUGGGCAAGAUGGGAACAGUCGGUGCAGUAGCUGUGGACAAAGACGGGAACAUUGCUUGUGCCACAUCCACUGGUGGAAUGAUAAAUAAAAUGGAGGGUCGUGUGGGAGACACGCCAUGUGUUGGAUGUGGGGGUUAUGCAGAUAACAAUAUCGGGGCAGUCUCACCCACAGGUCAUGGGGAAGCCAUCAUGAAAGUCACGCUGUCUAGACUCAUUCUCUUCCACAUGGAGCAAGGCAAGACCCCAGAGGAAGCUAGUGACCUGGCUCUUACGUAUAUGAAGGAGCGGGUGGAUGGUCUUGGUGGGGUUGUGGUGGUAGAUCCAAAAGGAAGGGCAGCUCGGUUCAGCAGUUUACAGAUGUCAUGGGCCGCUGCCCAGCAGGGCGAACUCCAUUUUGGGCUGUACCAUGGUGAACACUUUGUUGAGCCUGUACAAGAGAACAUAUAAUGAACAUGUUAUUUACAGUAUAUAUAUGCAUACAUGCAAAUCAGUGUUUGUGUAAAAUACAUACAUGCCUCAUGGCAGUGAUUAAGCAUUAUUAUGCAUUUUGAAGUUGAUCUUCUCUACACCUAAGAGUAAAGCUAUCUAAGUCUUACAUUGACAAAAUAACAAAUAACUACUGUAACACUCCUUUUUGAGGACAGUGUAACUGUCCUUAGUGGUAAUACUGUAUGUUCUCCACUAGAUGGAGAUAUAUGAUGUUUUUUUUGUUUUUUUUGGAAUCAAGUGAAUUUAAUUUGUUGUAAGGUACAGUGCAAAUUUAAAGGGAUAGUUCACCUAAAAUAAUAAUACUAUCAUCAUUUACCCACCCCUCAAGUUGUUCCAAACCUGUUUAGGUUUAUUUCUUCUGUUGAGUACAAAAGAAGAUUUUUUUGAAGAAUGUUGGUAACAAAACAGUAGAUGGUAGCCAUUGACUUCCAUAGUCUGAAUAUAGCUUCAGAAUAUCUUCUUUUGUGAGUAAAUGUUGACAGAAUUUUCAAUUUUAGAUGUACUAUCCAUUAAUAAUCCCUUAUUAAAUAAUAAUGAUUACAAAUUAUUACUUUUAAACUAAAAUUGUAAAAUAAAUGGUAUACGUAUUUUGCAGCUAUUCUACUACUACUACUAAUAAUAAAAAUGUUUACAUGUACUGUAAAUGGCACCUGUGAACCUGAGUCAGAAUGUCUUGGCAGACUUACCAGACUAGUUUUAUAACUGAUUUUGAAGAACAGAAAUCAUGAUUAAUUUCCUGAAGUACUUCAGCAUAUCAUUUCCUUCUAUAGACUGAAAGUGAAAGUAUCUUAUUAAAUCAGCACAAAAUAUUUUAAACCAACAAAUCAUGUUUACAUUUGAACAAACAAUGCAGCAGUUUUAUAAGAAUCUAUAUUCUGUGAGACAAUUUGUGCCAGAAAAAAAUUUGUAACACGUUUUCAGUGUGUUGGUGUCAUCCCACUAUUUUGACCAAUUAUGACGGCUGAACUUCUGUUGGAAGGUGAAAAUGUGCAGAAAAUAAACUUGCUGUUAUGGGUCA